UUUUGUUUCCAAGUCACUGCGAUAUGCUCAAGUUUCUGCUACAUAGUCAAUGGUCAAGCGAAGAAGAAGGAUGAUUCAUGCCGUAUAUAUAUGUGCGUGCGUGUAAUGGAUCUAUGUGUUAUCGUUUAUCAUGAUCAUCUGCAACUGCAUUACGUUUUUCUAAUCUAAUUCAUGGAUAGAGUUUUUGAUCUGUCAAACCGCGUUGUACCCCCCUACGGUCGUAAUUCGGAGGGAGGAGUGAGGACAAAUUCGGUAUUUAAAGAGGCCGUCCUCGUGGUCGUGCCUGGCGGUUUCUUCUCCUUCCCAGAAUAGGCGCGUCUUCAACUCCAAACAUUCUCCCUCUCUCUCUCUCUCUCUCGAGCGUUUGAGCUUGAAUCUGGCCUUAUUUCGGAUCUAAAUAACGUUUCCUGCGAUCUGAGAUUUCAAAAAUGGCGCCGGUAUCACCAUUGGCGAAGUACAAGUUGGUAUUCUUAGGAGAUCAAUCUGUGGGGAAAACCAGCAUCAUCACUCGCUUCAUGUACGACAAGUUCGACACCACUUACCAGGCUACCAUCGGAAUCGAUUUCUUGUCAAAAACAAUGUACCUUGAAGACCGUACAGUCCGUCUGCAGCUAUGGGACACAGCUGGGCAAGAGAGAUUUAGGAGUCUUAUUCCAAGUUACAUCCGGGAUUCCUCAGUUGCCGUAGUUGUAUAUGAUGUAGCCAAUAGGCUAUCGUUCUUGAACACUUCCAGGUGGAUUGAGGAAGUGCGGACAGAGAGAGGGGGUGACGUUAUCAUUGUUCUUGUCGGGAACAAGACGGAUCUUGUCGAGAAAAGGCAAGUUUCGAUAGAAGAAGGGGAUAGCAAAGCGCGUGAGUAUGGAGUGAUGUUUAUAGAGACCAGCGCCAAAGCUGGAUUCAACAUUAAGCCGCUGUUCAGGAAGAUAGCGUCGGCGUUACCAGGAAUGGGAUCGUAUACGCCCACGAAAUCAGAGGACAUGGUGGAUGUGAACCUAAAGCCCACAUCUAAUUCAUCACAGCCCCAGCAGGCUGCUGGAGGCUGCUCUUGUUGAUGCCCACAAUUUAAAUUCCUCUUUCGCUGUGAACACUAAAUCUUCUGAAUGAAAAUCUACAAUUAUGGUUUAGAUCUGGACACUUUGGGUCUUUAAAAGAAAAAAGAAAAAAAAAACAGGAGAGUUAGUUAGGCGUGAGACAGGUUUGUACAGAGUUCCAACUGGAUAUAACUGUUUCAUCAGCUUCUUGUUCCAUUGUUCUCUUUAUUGAGCGUAUGAGCUUGCGUUUUUCUUUUCAUGAAUCAUAUAUCCUGUCACGGUAAUUUCGCUUGAUAACAAGCCAAAUUACGACGCUUGGUUUAUGAAGAAGAGAGAUUGAAAAUUUCACCGCAAAGGA